CGUACAGUAUCCACUGUAGGCGUAUAUAAAUAAUUAAUGGUUUUGCCUCGCUGCUAAUGUUCGCGCGUGCGCUGAGUGUUGGAACGCGCAGAGCGAUGGCAUCAUCAUCAGCAACAUCAACAUCAGCAACACCAUCAGCAUCAUCAUCAACACCAUCAGCAUCAUCAUCAGCAACACCAUCAGCAUCAUCAGCAUCAUCAUCAGCAGCAGCACCAUCAUCAUCAGCACCAUCAGCAUCAUCAUCAGCACCAUCAUCAGCAGCAGCAACAUCAUCAGCAGCAACAUCAUCAGCAGCAGCAUCAGCAACAUCAUCAGCAGCAGCAGCAUCAGCAGCUGGAACUUAUUCUGCUGCUUACGUUACGUGUCCCAGUGAAGAUGUUGCCAAGACGAUAGCCAGGGCCCUUGUGCAGAUGAAGCUUGCCGCCUGUGUGAACGUGAUCCCCCGUGUGACGUCAAUUUAUUCAUGGAAGGGAAACAUAGAGGAAGAUACAGAAGUCUUAUUGAUGAUCAAGACCAGAUCUUCAAAGGUGCCACAUCUGGCUGAAUACGUCAGGUCUGCUCACCCCUACGAUGUCCCCGAAGUGAUCUCCGUUCCCAUUGAGCAGGGGAACCUGGCCUACCUCACCUGGAUCGGAGACAGUGUGCCUGAAUAGUCGCUCACCCACCCACUCACUCACCCACCCGCUCACUCACCCACCGACCCACCCACUCACACACCCACUCACUCACCAACUCACUCACCCACUCACUCACCCACUCACUCGCUCACCCACCCAC